ACGCACACCACGUUAAACGGUCUCAUAAUAGCCGUCGAAUUCGGUAUUGAAAUUUUAUCAGCAACAACCGAAAACGACUGAAUGCAUCUUGUGAGAGGCACCACAUCAGUUAGCUGUUGUUGUUCGAAGGGAGCAGGAGAUAACGUCACUUACUAUAUUGUGCUUUAAUCAAUUAUGAAAGAAUUUCAACGUAAAUAGAGUUUUUGAAUUAGUUUCUCGUGGUAAAUUAUGGUCGUGUUUUAAUCGCUGGUCGCCAAAAAACCAUUUUUUUUCCUCGUUCAAAGAUGAUUGGCAAUUCAAGGAAUCCGUACCAUGUACUGGAAACAAUGUCCAAGUUUUCCGUGUUCUAUUUCUAUUGUGGAUCAGUGAUUGUUGGGCUGUGGCAUAUCGUCAAAUUGAUUUUAUAUUUUUCGUGGAAUUGGAUCAUGCAAAUGAGAUUACAGUCGAGUGAUAAGAAUAUGUUAGAGACUGAUGAUGGCUACCAUGACAAGCCACCGAAAUGUUUAGUGGAUAAUGCAUUGGGAAGACAAUUGUAUGUGAAAUUAAAGGAAGUAAAAUUUCAUUACAUCGAAGCAGGAGAUCAAUCCAAUCCGUUGGCACUCUUACUCCACGGAUUCCCGGAUUGUUGGCUGGGAUGGAACAGUCAGAUUUCAGAACUAUCCAAGUUCUUUCGUGUGGUAGCAGUUGACCUGAAGGGAUUCAACGAUUCGGAUAAACCGCCCAAGAGACACUCAUAUCAACCACAACAAAUCUGCGAAGAAUUGUCCCAAUUCAUUAAAUGUCUCGGCUACAAUUCCUGUACAAUAAUUGGACAUGACCUUGGUGGUUUGAUUGGGUGGAUCUUUGCCCAUACCAACCCGGAAAAAGUUGACCGCUUUGUGACCAUAUCAUCUCCGCAUCCAAACAUAAUUUGGCAAAACCUCCAUCCACAGUCUCAAGUCAACGACAUUUGGCUGAAAUUCGUUCAAAUUCCCGUGUUGCCAGAAAAUCAGUUCUCGGGCAGUGAUUUUCUGGAGAAAUGCUUACCACACGUGUACAGUGUUGGCCGAUCGAAGAAACAUUCAAAAGUUAUGGUCGAUCAAUGUCUGACCCAUGCUUACAAAUAUGUUUUCAAUAGAACGGUGGAUUGGACGGGACCAUUGAACUACUACCGAAAUUUUCCAUUUUAUAAGAUUCGUGAAGGCGAAACACUCCGAUGUCCAACAUUGAUAAUCACGGGUAGUGACGAUAUGUUCUGUAAAUUAGAUUCAAUUGUACGAUCGGCAGAGUACUGUGAUAAAUUUACGCUAAAAAUAAUCGAUGGCUGUAAGCAUUGGCCACAUCAAGAGAUGCCGGAACAAUUCAACAAAGUGUUGAUGAAAUUUCUGGUCGGUAAUCGGGCCAGGCACGACCAAACUGUUGAAUCAGUUGACAAUACAAAGGGCAUAAUAGGUAUGAUGGGUAUAAGUAGAAUGUUCGGUGCUGUUAGUAAUACCGUAAAAAGUGGGUUCGAUACCGUGCAACAGAGAACGUCAGAUGUGCUUCAUGGUACAAUGCCGAAGACAAGUUAAGUCUGUUACCAUAGAAUAGGUUUACUAAUAACUUAUUUUGUAACUAAUUUGUAAUGCAAGCUAGAUUUAGAGACUCUGCAAUGAUUAACAUCAUCUUCUGGAUGUUUACUGUGUGCUGAAAUAAAAACUU